AUCGCACUCCACUCCACCGGCACCGCACCGGCAGGGCACAGGGACCGCGCGCAGGGUGUGGACGGAGCCGAAGAUGCGGCGGGCGCUGCUCACCCUCCUGCUGUUGCUCGUCCGCCCGCCACCAGCCGCAGCCCGCCCCGACGGCUCCGUCCCGGCGGCCGCGUUCGAGGCUCGGGGCCGCCCACUCUGGCCGCCCAUGGUGCCGCCAGCCCCGGAGCCGUGGAGGGCGAGGCGGGACGAGCCGCCGCUCUCCAUCGACCUCACCUUCCACCUCCUGCGGCAUCUCCUGCUGCUCGCCCGCGCCCAGAGCCAGCGCGCCCAAGCCGACAGCAACCGCCUCAUCCUCGAAGCCGUGGGGCGCUGAGCACGUACCGGGACCCCCCGGGAUCCCACCGGAGCUGCUCCGGGUUCCGGCCACCGCCUCAGCCUCCCCGCCAUGGGCCACUCAGCGCCUCACGGGAAAACUCACUGGGACUGGGACCGGCACCAGCACUGGCACCGGGACCGGCACCAGGCUGCGCCUGCUGCACCAGCCUCGUCCUCGGCACCGGGGCAAGUGGCCGCGGUACCGG